AAAAGAUAAUAUAAUACACACACGUGCGUGUAUAUUAAAUCAAUCAAUCAUAGUUUUAUUGAUUUUAUUGCUAUCGCUACUUCAACAUCUUAAAAUUUGUGUUAUGUUGCAGGAUCAGCAACUUUAUUUAAGAAAACUUGUAUAAAAUGAUAGAUAAUUACUCAAAUAUGGACAUGUGCUUGUGCGUGUGUAAAAUAUUUGAAAAAAAUCUAUUUUAUUUAUAUUUAAAAAACAAAAUCUAAAAUUAAAGUAUUAUAUAAUACAUAAACUAAAAACAUACGAUAAUAUUAAUUUUGAUAAAAUACGAUUAGAUAAACAUUGAUUAAAGAUGACUAUCAACAUGCUAACUUUAAAAAAAAUAACAAAUGUGAUAUUUAUAUACUAAUACAAUAGAAAUGUACAGAUUUUUUCUUAUUUAAUCUAUUGAAUUCUUUUAGCAUGGAGAGUCGAUUCAAAUCACCGUUGACAUCGAUUAAUGCAUUCAAUCUUGCUAACGUUUCAAGUAUCCCAUCUAUUAACCCCGAAGCCGUUGAUCCACUGCAUGACUGAAGAAUGAACGUCGUCCAGCGCAGAAAUGAAAUCCCGUAAUCCAAGCCCGUGAGGCAGAACAGUGAAACCGUCGUGUUUCACGUGCCCGUAUGAACUAGCAACUGGUUCCGGUUGCGGGUUUGCCAGUCAACGAGGAACCUUCGAGACGAUCGAGCAUUCUGGCGCGAUCAAAGCACGCCAUGAGUGCCGGCGUCAAAUCGAUCUUGUGCGUGAUCGUCGGAAUUUUGGGGAUCCUUGUGUUGUACCCGGCAAACAGCAGUCCAUACAGUAGCAAUUACACGGUGAUAAAUCCACAAUAUGAUUACGCGGAAGAGAAGAUAUUCAAGAAAGAAAAAGCACUGGAUGUGAAAAGUGGUUUGCAGAAUGCCCUUAAAGAUCAAGAAAUAGAGACGUGUUUCAAUUCCAAAGACAGAAAAGAAGACAAAGUUGUAGUCGCUGAAACAAAUACAACUCAGAACACACCCAGAGAAUUAUCCUGGGAUGAAGAUGAUGAUGAUGAUGAUUACAGAGGUUUUUCUCUAUUUGGCCUCGUUGAAUCUAUGCUAUCUGUCGUAGCAAGCGGACUCAGUACUGUCGUGAACAGUAUCGUUGGCACCGAAAAAAAAGAUUCACGGUCACGUACCAGAAGAAUAAAUUAUAGAAAUUAUCAUUUAAUCAGGGCAUUUCCUAGCACGGAAAGUCAAGCUGCGGAUUUGCGCGACUUGAGAGACGCCGAGCCUGAAGAUAUUAAAUUUUGGUCCUUUCCAAAUUCUAACAGAACUUCUGAUAUAAUUGUGGCACCAGAUCUCGUAAGUGAUGUCAAGGAAUAUUUAAGGGAUAAAAAAAUUGACUUCAAAAUAUUAAUAUCUGAUAUUCAGAAGACUAUCUCUUAUCAAAACCCAAAGAUGUCUAAAGAACAGCGUGAAGACUUAGUCACCACUCAAGGCCACACGAUGACAUGGAAACGUUAUCAUCGAUACGGUGAUAUUAUACGCUAUUUAGAAUACUUAGUCUUCAGGUAUCCGAAAAUGGUAGAAUUAAUAACAAUUGGACAUAGCUACGAGGGCCAACCGAUAAAGAUAGCAAAAGUUUCGACAGGAUUAAACAAAGAAGGCGAAAAAAAGCCUGCUAUUUGGAUAGAUGCCGGCAUGCACGGACGAGAAUGGAUUGGUACCGCAGUGGCGACCUAUAUAUUGAAUCAAUUGGUAGAGAAGAACUCAAGCUACACAAAAUUGUUGGAUAAUUCGGAUUGGAUGAUUCUGCCGGUUGCUAAUCCCGACGGUUACGAGUACAGUCAUGUCAGCGACCGUUUUUGGCGAAAAACCAGAAGCAAUCAUGUGGAAAGUCAAAAUGAUAGUAGGUACACGCCUUCCAAUUUAUUACAGUUUGUAACGCACUACACUAGAUGGUUAUGGACUACAUGCGAAGGAGUCGAUCCGAAUCGAAAUUUUGCAUAUCACUGGGGCGAAGAGAAAGAAAAAGGCGCCAGUUCAGAUCCUUGUCACGAAACAUAUUCUGGACCUUUUGCCUUCUCUGAACCCGAAACAAAGGCCAUGGCAGAUUAUAUUUUGACGAACAAACAACAUAUUCGAUUGUACCUGACCUUGCAUUCUUAUUCUCAAAUGUGGCUGGUACCAUGGGGUUACACACGUUCGAAACCAUCGGAUUACACCGAUUUGGUGAACGUAGCAAAGAAAGCAAUUAAUGCAAUUGCGAAAGUUCACGGCACAAAUUAUCAACUUGGACCAACAGCAGAACUGAUGUAUCCAACAUCUGGAGCGUCUGAUGACUGGGCUAAAGGCGUCGCUUCGAUAAAGUAUGCAUACACGGUGGAAUUACGUGAUCGCGGAACAUAUGGAUUCCUAUUACCGGCUACUCAAAUAGUUCCAACUGCGCGCGAGAUUUGGGCGGGAAUACGAGCGAUCGCUCGCCUAGUUACCUGCAACACGUGAGAUUCACGUUUUACACUUCUGAUGAGGCGCAUUUAGUAUUCAAAUUUCCCUUUUUUAAUCCAGGUAAUAGCAACUGGAUCAAUCCUCUUUGUCACACAAGUAUUGCAAGUUUUUAACAUUUAUUUACGCAGUAGAUAUCGAUGGACAAGGUACAUAGAGCAGCCAUCUUGAGAAAUCAACACUCGAAUUAUUAUCAAAAUAAUGAGCUACAAACGAUGAGAGAUAAACUGAUAUUGAACUAAAAACUUAGAAAGACUACAUUGUUUACGUGUUAAAAUAAUCAAUAAUUUUAUUAUUAAAUUUCCAGUUUUGUACAAAUAGGCACAGAAGAUGCUGCAACAGAUUUUGAGUUUUUCAUUCGAAAUUACGUUUCUCAAUUGAUUUAGAAAAAUUUAUUAUAUAGAAUUAAAUUAUGUUAAGAAAUAAAAAUUGCAAGAUUUAUUAUUCUUUUAGAUAGAUUUAUUUUUGUACAUUUUAUUAGAUUAUGUGCGUUUCUAUGUAUAUGUACAGAAUUACAUUUAUAAUUUAAUGAUAAGAGAGUGUAUGUAAUGUAUAAUAUAGUAUAAUGAAUGUUUUUAAUAUUUACUUCUAUACAUUAGUAUUAAGUUCUCUCUUUUGUACAAAUAUUAAUAUAUUAUGUAUUGUCCUAUUUUAUUUAUUAAAAUAAUGUAUUAAACUA